CCAUUCCUGUUUAAAGGCUGGCAGGUUCAGAGUCUCCUCGGCACCGGCCUCCGGGACGCGUCUUACUCUCCGUCCGGGAUGGAGAAAGACGCCUCAGCGCCGGACCCAUCCCGGCAGCGGAACGGGUUUUCGGGCGUGCUGUACGGUGAGUUCACCGACACCCUCAACGACGGGGUCCGCUACUCGGUGAGCCUGACGGAGAGCGCCCUGACCAUCCAGAGGAUCUCCUCGUCCCCCGGCCGGACGAAGGUGGUGUUUAACUUAAGCGACUGCGUCGGCUGUCGCGCGUACAGAGGGCCGGACAACGUUGACAUUGGCGCCUACUUCACGGCUUACUUCUAUCCGUUCAAGAGGCGCUGGAUGAGCGCCGGCGUGGCCCGCCAGAGAGUGGAGCAGUGCUUUCGGGUCGCUCUGGUCCAGGACCCGCUGGUCAACCUCCGGGAGGCUGAGAGAUGGGCUCAUGCCAUCAGAGAUGCCUCGGUGCUGCAGGCUCCUCGGAGAGACGGUGUGGUGUACACGGAGCUGAGGAGACCUUGCAGAACCAUGAUCCUGGUGAACCCCCACAGCGGGCGUGGACAGGCUCUCCAGCUGUUUACUGGCCACAUACAGGCCAUGCUCACAGAGGCCUCCGUUUCCUACACCCUCGUCAUCACAGAGCACCAAAACCAUGCACGGGAAAUGGUGAGGAAUGCCGACCUGUCGCAGUGGGAUGCGCUGGUCAUUAUGUCGGGUGACGGGCUGCUGUUUGAGGUAAUAAAUGGUCUGAUGGAGCGUGAAGAUUGGCAACAAGCCAUCCAGACUCCUCUAGGUAUCCUACCAGGGGGCUCUGGCAAUGCCCUGGCUGCAUCCAUCCACAACUACUCGCAGUUGCCUCCAGCCUGGAACGAGGAGCUGCUACUGAGCUGUGGUUUCAUGCUGUGCAAAGGUCUGGUUGGUUCCCUUGACUUGGUCUCAGUCCAUUUGGCCUCCAGGCAGCGCCUCUUCUCCUUCCUCUCCUUGGCUUGGGGCUUUGUGGCAGAUGUGGAUAUUGAGAGCGAGAAGUAUCGUCAUGUGGGAGCUAUCCGCUUCCUGAUGGGCACCCUGGUGCGCCUGGCCUCACUCAGAGUUUAUCAGGGCAGGUUAGCAUAUCUACCUGCUAAAGAAGCACCGAAACCUUCCAAAAAAAUCGUGAAGGCAACCCAUCCUACGUCUACGUCUCUCUGUUCGUCCUUUCCCUGUCAUCUCAUUCCCAAUGUUUCACCAAAGCAGAGCUCGUUGACCAAUUGCAUUGAUAUGAACAUAAACCAAAACUCCAUCACCAACUCUUCCAAUUUAAUCAACAACAUGAGGCCCGAGACACAGAGCAACAAUAUGACUACAUCACUUGUAGAUUCUCUUCUCCCCAGUCUGGACCAGCAGGUCCCAGAAAACUGGACAGUGGUCAAUGAGGAGGACUUUGUUUUGGUGCUGGCUAUUUACCAGUCCCAUCUGGCUGAGGAUCUGUGGACAGUCCCGGGAGCAAUGGCAGAUGACGGACUGAUUCAUCUGUUUUACGUGACAGCGGGAAUAUCCCGGCCUGCCCUCUUGCGUCUCUUCCUUGCCAUGGAAAAGGGUUCCCAUUUAGCGUGCGGUUGCCCCCACCUUGUGUACGAAAAGGUGAGGGCCCUGCGGUUAGAGCCCAUUUCACAACAAGGCAUGAUCACCGUGGAUGGAGAGGUGGUGGAGUACGGGCCCAUUCAGGCUCAGGUCCACCCUGGAAUGGCUAAACUUAUAUGCGGAUGAACUUGUGCUUUACUUUAUAGUUCUAGUUUGGCUUUUAUACUCAGUGUCAGAUUCUUUAUGUAUGCUGUCUUCUCAGAAGUGCCAAAGACAAUAAAUCAGCCUUUGGAAAUUCCUUUAUUUUUUUACAGAGACAACAUGUCCUAUUUUUAUGGACCCCCUCCUCCUCUCCUUCUCUCUCAUUGUUAAAUUCAGGGUCAAAGUCAUGGAGGAUUGCUCUUACUUCUGGCUGGUCCAGGCUUAGAGAAAAAAAAGGAAUGUGUGUGUAUGUGCUUAUGAAAAGCCACAUCUUUACGUGAGAGGUGUUUUGAUAGUACAGUGGCAGCGCAGUGCUCUCUGCUUGUCGGACCUUAUAAGCAUGGCACAUAUGAAGAGAUACAUGUUUUUCUUUCCUUGGAGACUCCUAGAGAAUCCCUGCCUCAUGCCCCGCUGUACCACUACUGGCUGUCAAUCCCCUUGCCGGGCCGCCACCCUAAUAGCAAUGCUUGCCCUACAGCUUAGUAAAAAAACUGAGGAGAUAUAAAUUAGCGUUGACAGAUCUUUAAUCUUUGCAUAGUUUACAUGAAAAAAACGUCAGAUUUGCUGAUGUUAUAGCCCUGUCCUUUCCUUCUGUGUGACAGACAGCUUUCGCUACACCUUUACCAACGUUUUAUCCAUUUCCUGUUCCCUGUUUCAUCUUCAACUAUCAUUAAACCGUAGGAAUCGCCUCCACUCACACACUUUCUUUUCCCCAUCCCCCCCCACCUCUUCCUAUGCUCAGAUCUUCACAUACACACACAUUCCCUUGCGUCUCUGCAGCACUUAGCGAGGGGGAGGGGUGUGAUCUGCUACCGUGCAAAUGAUCCCCUCUUCUCUUGCCAUCUUAAGAUUGUACUCUUGCUCCCCUCCAAUGGUUAACGAACCAUCAGCACCUAAUGUGUCCUUAAUAUGAGGGUUUAGAUCUGCUAGAGGGUACUAAAUAGAAAGUCCUCCUUUUUUAAUUACAUGAACUCUUAGGUGGGUUUUCAAAUUUAUAUUAGGAUGGUUAAAGCACACUCGAGUGGAUAAAGUGCAGUUUCAGACGGGCCCUGUUAGAGUUGCGUAUUGAGAGGCUUGUGAUCAAUGUAAGGAGGGUGGCAGGUGUUUUGCUCCUCUAUGUGACCUGCUUGGUGGUCGGUGCUGUGGAUCAGUUAGUGUUCGGGGGCGGAGGAGAGUGCAAAUGUUAUCAUUAUCAUCAGGAUCCCCCGCACACACACACACCAGUUUACCUCAGGCUGCAGACCAGCUGUGCAAGUGUGUAGCUGAGUUGUAACAUACAAUUUUAGCAAGUUUUCCUUUAACUUUAAGUGAAACCGUGGUUAAAUUACAAAAAAGUCCCCCCCUAAAGUAAAAACUGAUGACACUUUUGCCUGUUAGACUCUUGCUAGGGGGACUCAUAAAGUGCUGAUUUGGAAAAUGUUUUAGCUCAUCUGUCAUUUGGAGCGAGAAAAAGCCAAUGCAAUAAGUUGAUAGCGCACCUAAUCUUCAGCUGUUUUCUUCAGUAACUAGUCCUUCAAAUGACUAGAUUCUUCUAGACAGAGCAUACAUUUGUUACUUAUGUCAAUAUACUAAUAAAAUACUUGUAAGGGACACUCAAACAUUAUUUGGCUUUCCUGGCAAGCUAGCUGGAUAAGUCAGUAAAGUCUUGCAAACUGCUGUGUAUGUCUUUAUGGAGUAAAGUAUUUAUAUGCCUUGAACGUUUCCAUCUUUUGUCAAAUUAGUAGAACCACUUUUUGGUAAUUCCAUGUCUCUAAUAGUUUUACACAUUUAUAUACUGUCAUGCUGUUGGGUUUUGAGUGAUGUGCAGGGUUAGUUUUUCAAGUAGGCUAACACAUUCAAAUUAUGGUUUUAUCUGAUCAGAGCACCUUCUUCCACAGGUUUGCUGUUUCCCUACAUGGCUUGUGGCAAACUGCGAACAUGACUUCUUAUAGCUUUCUUUCUGCAAUUCCCUCCACUGUGCCACUCUUCCAUAAAGGCCUAGAUUUGUUAGUGCGUGACCACUAGUUGUCAACCUAUUCGUCCAAUUGAGCUAUGGAUCUGAGCAGCUCCUGUAGAGCUACCGUGGACGUCUUAGCUGCUUCGCUGCUUAAUGCUUUCCCUGCUUGAUUUGUCAGUGUAGAUGGAUAGCUAUGUCUUGGUAGGUUUAAGAUUGUGCCAGACGUUUUCCAUUUUCAAUUGAUGGCUUGAACUGUGCUCUGUAAGUUUUCAAAGACUGGGGUGUGGUUCACUUCACAUCUGAGGAAGCUGCGUAGGAGCAAGAAGAAGGAUUACAGCAGUGUGGACUGGGCCCUGUGUUAGCAGGCCAGUACAAACCAAACAAGGAGACCAGGGCAGCUAAGAGAAACUACAGUGAGAAGCUAAAAAACUGUUUCUCAGCAGAUGACCCGAAAUCAGCUUUCUAAUUCUAAUUAGGUGACAUCUGAAAACAAUAGUUGUACUGGAUUUAAUUUAGGGGUAUCAAAGUAAAGGCACAGCCUAAAAUGCUUAACACACUUUUAUUAUUUAUGUUUGUAAAAACUGAAAAAAAAUAAUUUUCCUUCCACUUCACAAUUAUGACAUUGUUGUUGUCUACCGGAUAAAAUCAUAAGCAAAUACAUUUAAGUUUCUUGUUGAUGUAACAACAUGUGGAAAAGUUCCAGGUGUGUGAGUCAUGGAAUGUCUGUCAGAACAUUUGACCAAAAUUUCUUUGUUACUGUAGGUUUACUGUCCAGACUGGUGCAUAUCAUGUAAAUCUCAUUACUUAAAUUAGCUCAUCAAACCAGCCAUGAUCUGUACUUUACAGGCAUAUUUACAAAAUUAGCAAGUGACUACGUCUUGUUGUUGUAUAUUUCUUGGAUGCAAUAGUUCUGAUGAAAAUUUAAAAGAGAGAUCAUAUUUUGCCUAUUUAGUUUCCCUUCAUUGGCUCCCUGUUAAUCCAGAAUAUAAUUUAAAAUUCUCUUUAUCACAUUUAAAGCCCUUAAUG